CCAUAAAGCUCAUAAAGUUAUUUAAGCCCAUUUCAGGCUGAGUUUCGCAGCAGUUUUUCAUGGUUUCUUUAUGUUUCAUUCAGUAACUCAGGAUACCUUUGCUUUCAAGAUGAAUCAAGGUUUCCUGCUUUGACUUUGCUUCUGAGCCAAUGAAUAUCCUGGCAUGAAAAAUAACAGGCUUCAUGAGAUAAUGAUCUGCAAACUGGAAAGAUAGAACAGACAUGAUUAAGAAGAAGUUGAUGCUCAAGAUAGGUGAGGAUAUAGUAAGAGAGCACCUAGCUGCCUUAAGUGAUUCUCCAAGCUCAGGCGAAUCACAUCCCAGGAAACUGAAAGAGGACUGGCAGAUGUGAUGGUGGAACCAUUAUCAGAAAUCUUUGAGGAAUCAUGAACACUGGAGGAAGUGCCAAAAGACUGGAGGUAACAUUUCACUUGUUGCAUUUCCGGUUUCCAGCACCAAUUCAACAACAAAGAUUUUACCAAAAACCUUAGGACCAAUAAAUGUGAAUGUUGGACCCCAAAUGAGUCCAUUGAACCAAGAUCCAGAGACUACUUUGUAAACAAAAAGUUCUCUGAAGGUAUUUUUAACUGAAGUGAUACAACCAUGAAAACCCCUAACAGAUUAUAAGCACACCGCAAAGACUAGCCAGUUCUGGGAGUGUUCUGAUCGGGAAUCCUUAUAGCCCUGCACCAGCAAUGGUCACGCAGACACAUGUGACAGAAGCCACUGGCUGGGUUCCAGGGGAUCGAAAACGUGCUAGAGAGUUUAUAGACACUGGUUUUUCAGAAAGCAAAAGAAGCAAAAAAGGAGAUAAAAAUGGAAAAGGCUUGAGACAUUUUUCAAUGAAAGUAUGUGAAAAAGUUCAACGCAAAGGAACAACUUCGUAUAAUGAAGUGGCUGAUGAGUUAGUAUCAGAGUUUACCAAUUCAAAUAAUCAUUUGGCAACAGAUUCACAGGCUUAUGAUCAGAAGAAUAUUAGACGAAGAGUUUAUGAUGCCCUCAAUGUGCUAAUGGCAAUGAACAUAAUUUCAAAGGAAAAAAAAGAAAUAAAAUGGAUUGGGCUUCCUACAAAUUCAGCUCAAGAAUGUCAAAACCUAGAGAUAGAGAAGCAAAGGCGAAUAGAGCGGAUAAAGCAGAAGAGGGCUCAGCUGCAGGAGCUGCUACUGCAGACUGAGAGCUCCUUGAGAGCAGGAAUGUCUUGUACCUUUCUUUGUGCUCCAGCAUUUGGGGAGAAGGAAAGAAACAAGCAUUUAUUAAGUGCCUACCAUAUGUCCAGCACUGUGCAAAUAGCUUUUAAAAAUCUGGUACAAAGGAAUCGGCAGAAUGAACAGCAGAACCAGGGCCCACCAGCUCUGAACUCCACAAUACAACUGCCUUUUAUAAUUGUCAACACAAGCAAAAGAACUGUCAUAGACUGCAGCAUCUCAAGUGACAACUGGAGAAGAAAAAGUGGCAUACCACUCCAGUAUCUCUGCCAAGAAAAUCCCAAAUCAGGUCACAGAGAGUCGGACAGUACUGAAAUGACUGAACAACCACCACCCCUGGCUUUUGAAAACAAAAGGUUCGAGUACCUUUUUAAUUUUGACAACACUUUUGAGAUCCAUGAUGAUAUAGAGGUGUUGAAGCGAAUGGGAAUGUCUUUUGGCCUGGAAACAGGCCAGUGUUCACUCGAGGACCUGAGAGUUGCUAAAUCAUUGGUGCCAAAGGCGUUAGAAGGUUAUAUCACCGAUAUGUCUACGGGACCUUCAUGGUUGAAUCAGGGGCUACUUCUGAAUUCAACCCAAUCAGUUCCAAAUUUAGAUAUGACCAGUGGUACCACUUUAUCACAAUCAAGUAUAAACCAAGGGUUUUGUUUGGAUGCUGAAGUGGCCUUAGCAACUGGGCAUUUCCUUGCCCCAAGUAGUCAGCAGUCGAGCAGUGCAACAUCCCACUAUUCAGAGUCCCGAGGCGAGACCCCCUGCUCUUUCAACGACGAUGAUGAAGACGAAGACGAUGAGGAUCCCUCAUCCCCAGAAUAAAGACAGUAGAAAAGCUAAAUUUUACAGGAUGCUGCUCGUGUGUGUGUUUUUAGUGUGAGCUCUUAUUCUUGAUGUGAUUGCUUCACCUCUUGCCUUUGUUUGCACUGUGUAUUCAGUGACAGUAAGUGAAACACAGCUAAAGACAUCAGAGUUAAGAUGAUUAAGUUGAAAGUUAACAUAAUAUGAAUGAAGACUCUGGCCAUACAAAGCACUAGGACACAGCGCAAACAAAGUGUAUUUUCCUCUGUGAGUGAGGUAAAGAAAUCCCUGAAGACCUGGCAGAGUGGAAUGAGGUUCAGCUACCUUCUGAGAUGUGGGACCAUUGUCUUCUCCCACACCCUAUCAUUCUACUCAGAACUGAGAGUGCGACAAGGAAGAUUCCUUAGCUAAAAUACUUCCCAUGCUCAUAUCUCUUGGCUGUACUGUUGUUAAAUGCCAGGAUGAAUAUUUACAGUUAUGCUUUGUACUGUAUGCGUGAGGUACCUAGAAUGUUUGUUCACCUGAGUCUAGAAAUCAAAGUCUUAAAGUAGUUCCGAGUGCUGACAUUUCUUGAAGUAGCGGAAAGCCUGUUUAAUGAUGUAUGUCACCUGCCAGCCACUUUAGACAUUUGUCCGGGAGGUAGGAAAACCAGCUCAAUAAUUUUACUUCAGUGACACUUCAGAUGUAAUUUGUCAUGUUCAAAAACGGGAAUUAAGAUAGUUAGCCAAUGCAAACAAAAGAAUUUAUUAGGGCUAUUUAUGGAAGACAGAAGAAUCUCUGAUAGCAUUUCCAUGUAUAUGUUUGCCAGCACUGCCUUUUGCCAGUGCCUACAACGUUGGAAUUUGACAGGAAAGUAAACUGUAGAAAUAGCUUUAAUCCAACUAUUAGCCAGUGCAAUUCAGCCAGGUGUUGUUGGUUUUUUUUUAUUUAAAGCGAGAACAAUAGAAAAACAACCAACUCCAGUUGUGAAGUGAUUGCUUACAUUUCAUUUGAUAGUAUUGUCGUGUCAGCAAGUGUACAGUUUGUGAAACUGAAGCAGUUGACUUCAGUUUUGUCGUAAAAGAAAAUAUCUCAAAAAGAUUAAUUGGUAAGCCCUCCUGCACUUUUAUGACUUAGUACAUUUCAUUAAUCCCAUUGACCUCUUAAUCACAUUGGACCCUUAAUGAGUAAAUUGCAUCUCUCAUGAACUGGCCCAUAUUUUUGUUUCAUGGAAACGUCAUAGUGUGUUAAAUGCUUCCAAAUUAUUGGACUUAUAGUAGGUACAGUGUUUCAUAGCCAAAGAUACUAUUAGGAAUACUACAUUAUUGAAUUCUGUUUGUGUUUAAAAGAAAGAGUGCAUGGGGAAGGAAUCCUUAAAUCACAAGUGUAAAAGAUUCCUCACUGUGGUAUUACAGCUGGGAGGAGGGAAGAGGGAGGAGGGAGGAGGCUCAGAUUCUAGGCAAAAGCACACCUUUGUGCUGAGGAGCCCUUUGCUCUGCCCUCUUUCUACUAUCAUUCAAGUUAAAUCUGAAGUCCAGGAAAACAGUAAAACUUAAACCCUUUAAAAUCUCCCAAUGUUAACUUCUAUAUAUGUUUUAAAAUGUGUAUUCAUCAGAAAAACAAAUUAGAUUUACUAGUGUUUUGGCAGUUUGGAGAACUCAUAUCAAACUACCAACAAAACUCUUAUCCUGAUAUUUAACAGACAUAAUGUGAUACCAUUUUAAGUUGGAGAAAUAUCAAGGCCUCUACACUGUGGUAUAUACCAUGUGGCUAUCCAGAAUAUUAAAAAUUAAGUAAAUCCAAUACUAUUCAAAACAAAAAAUAUGAAAUGUUAAAUGAAGAUUGAUUUAAGGGCUGUAAAUGCAAUAACACUUCAAUUUUGAAGAAGCCAAACAAUGAAGGGAGAAAUCAUUUUUAGAUGUUAAUUUUGUGGGAGGCAAAGGAAUGAAUGAUUCAAAUGUUUUCUUUGAUUGGGGGCUUAUAACUUUGGUGUCUGUCAGCCCAGUUCAAUUGCUGACCUCAUCAGCUAUGAAUUGGAUACUUUGUGGUAAUCCUUUUUUAAGUUAUAAGGGGUUUGGAAAAGGAAAGGAUGUUUUGUAGCCCAGUGAACACCUAGGAUGGCCUCAGAGUCUUUAUCGAGGCUCAGAAACCCGUCAAACAAGGACAGAGGACAUCAGGCUAGGUCCACUUGAGAGAAUACUCUGUCAAGAUUAUGUAAUUACUAUAAGCUUUAAGUAGUUUAGGGGUCAGGAAGAUGACAUGGUGAUGUGUUAGUUUUAGUGUCUUGAGCAGAGAAUUCAUCUUAGCAUGGAUUUGGGAAGAGACCUCCCAGUCAGGCACAACAGGAAGUGGCCAUAAAGCUAAAAGGCUUCAUCAAGCCCCACACCAAAUAUGUGACGUGUCUACAUUACAUGUUUCUGUGACUAACAAAUUUGGGGUGGGAGGAUGGGAGUGGAACCCAGGGAUAGAAAACUGACUGAGUUAUGGAAUAAGCGCUUUCUUUCACUUAUUUCAAACAGCAUCCAGAUAUUUAGACUGCGUUAAAACAGACCCCCAUCCCACUGCACCCCUCAAGAAAAGUCUUAGGGAAGAGUGCAGUACUGUUAGAACCUAAAAAUGACUUUUAACAUUUGUCCAUUUUCAGAAUUCAUUCUUGUUCCCCCUUGCCACCAUUGAACCUUUGCCUCAGCCGUUCCUUCUCUGCAUCCAAAGCAGAACAGGCCUGGCUUGAAUAAGAUUGCUUUAGUUUCCACCAAAGAGGCUUAAAAGCAGCUGUGUUCACAGUUUGCCUCAACAGUGCCAAAAGCUCCCUGUCAUCUAGACCUGUUAAACAAUUAUCAGGGCUUUUAAAAAUAAAGCACUUGGUUGAAUAUCAAACCUCCACAUGUUUAUGGAAGCAAUAAUUUUUUCACCCACAGCAUUCUGUGGAACCAGUAGCUUUGAGAUCCAGCAGACUCUGGCAACCAACAAAUUCGUAGACUCUCUUGACCUUUUGAGCUGGAGGGGACCUCAGAGGCCAAGACCAGCCCUGUCAUGUUUCUGUGAGGAAACUGAGGCAGAGGUUAAGGGGCUCACCCAAGAUUGUACAGCUGGAACUAGAAUGUGGGUUUCUCUCUUAAAUCAUGUUGCCAGUCUGGGAAGAGGCUGUUCACAGUUUGCCUGACUCCCCUGAGCAUACCUGAUCAGGGGAAGAAGAGGAAUAGGGAAGUGAGAUCAUCUUCCUAUUUAGGCCUUUUUUGUGUGAAGGGAAGCUCUGGGCCGCUUUCAGAAGAUGCCCAGUAUCCAGGUACUUUGGCUCCAGAGGUGCCCUUCUCUCUAGCUUGUCACUUUACCUGUUGGCCAUUGAGGGUGGCCCUCAGAUACAGCACAGCCAAGGGCUUCUUUCUCUGUGAGUGCUCUGCUGUUAGUCUGACGAGACAGUUUCAGGCCUGCAGUGCGUCUACCUGAAUUGUUGUGGAGGAGGCUUUUAAAAACUGCAGACCUCUUUCCACAAGAAAACACAAAUCUUCUCUCUCUCUGUCACACACACACACACACACACACACACACACACACACACACAUAUGUGCAUACAUACAUACAUACAUUGGCACCCUUGUAGCCACUGAGGCCAGAUUUACGUAAUGCUUGUUUUCCCUUGGUCUAAGCCUCUCUCUCCCUUCAAAGUCACGUUGUGUCCUGGUGAUCACAAGUAGCUUCAGAAAGCAUUGAAUUUGAAUGGCCUUGUCUUCAUGGUUAGGUAGACCAUGUGGGAGUUGGAAAUGGUAAUUCUAGCACAUUGUUCUGAGGUCAUAAGAUAGAGCAGGAAGGGGCCUUUAAAGGUCUUAUCCAGUCACUUCAUUUGCUGUGUGAGGAAGCCGGCUCAGAAGAGUGGUCGGAGCAGUAGCAGAGACUAGAUUUGAACAUAGGCCCUGAGAACCCAUACCAUCCCUUGCCCCACUCUGUGCUGUUAGAAAUGUGUCUCCUUUUUCCUGUGCUCUUGAGAGCGUAAUUUCCCUAGACAAUUUCAUAAGUAAGUAAUGCCUGUGUUCACUGCUUUCGUUUUCUUUACUGUCUAGUAUUUUGUCACAAGAAGUUUGUUUACCCUAUUAGAAAAAUAAACCAAGUGACUCUACCUCUGUCUGCACUGGGGAUAUGCUGUUGGUCACCAUCUGUCUGUUCCGGUAGCUUGUCAUAAGCUCAAUGUUCACAGACAACUCAUUUAAGUGUUUUUUAGGAAGGAACAACUUUGUCAGUGUAGACAUAGUCCAGUAUAAUCUGGGCAUUAAUCCCACUCCUUAAUGAAGAAACGUGAGCAGGAAAAGACCUUGCAGACCGUCCAGUCUAAUUCUCUCAUUUAGCAAAGGAGAAAGUAGUUCCAGAGAAGAGCAGUGACUGCUUGGGCAGCGUGGCCGAGGAGGCCGUGCCAAAGAUCCUGGUAGUGAAUGAUCUGAUUACUUGACCUGGGACCUUGGAGCUGUAGUGGCUGGCAUGGGGGCAGCAUCUGCUUCUAAAUAAGCCUCUGUAGCUAGACUUGAAACAUUUUUUUUUCACCAACACUCCAAAAAGUGUGAGAGAGUUUAACUAGGAUGAAUGUUACACAUUCAAAAACAAGUGUGGAGGUUGGAACUGUCUCCAGAGGCAGUCUCUGGGUGAACUGAAAAUCAGAACAAUAAGCGCCAAAUAAAUUGGGAAAAAAUUCACUACAAAGUCCGUUUUGAACUUAAACUGUGAUUUAGGUUACCAAAGUUCUGUUGAUGCCCACCUCUUCAUGAACACUUCUGUUGUAUAAGAAAAUGAACAUCUAUACCUUUCAUAUUUGGAUGGUUCUCACCAAAAAGAAACUUGGGCAUUGUGGACUAGUAUAAUUCAGUCUAACCCAGGCACAAAUCCCACUUGUGAAUAAAUAAAUGAGCUGGAAAAAAUCUUAGAAAUCAUUUAUAAGAGUAACACAUAUUAAUAUAAAAUUACAUCCUUUUAAAAGCCCAAACCUCAAAUAGUUCCAUAAAAUCUGCUACCUAAAAAGUCCUUUGAACUCCAAAAUGCAUAUCAGGCACAUAUAUGCAUAUGUAGAUAUAUAUUGUAUCUAUAUAUGUGUGUAUAAUUUCUCAGGCUCUUACAACCAUUUUAAAACAAGGUAUCUUUGGAAAGCUAACAGCAUUUUAGGUAGUUUAAAACAGACUAGUAGCUGCAACAUCUACAAACCAAGAAAUGUUUCAAUAUGUUUAAAAGUCUUAAUCAGGAAACUUCUCAGUCGCCUGUUUUCUCCCAGAUGGAUCUAUCGAGUUGGUAUCAAAAUGAAGAAUUUCUCUACAUAAAGUGUAUCAUCCUUCAGUUGCCCAGCUGUAAUAUUUUGGCACAAAGACAACCUACUUGAACUUGCAUAGGAACUUGCUUUGUCAGAAGGGGGCGGGAUCCACAAGGUCAAGUUAUCUAAAGUAGUGUUCCAUAUAGAACACUUUGAAUGUACUGCGGUAUCCCAUCAAAAGUUCAUGUGGUUAAUAAGCUUUUAUCUAAAGCCUGCAGUGCAGGGCCUGAAAAGAAGUGUUAUUGCUUACUUACCUUGUACCUACUCAGUGCAAGGCCCACUAUCAGGAUAAACCAUGAAUGACACAUGGUCCUAGCCCUUAAGAAACUUCAUUUGGUUGGUUUGGGUUUUUGGGUUUUUUUUUUUUAUUGGCCAAGGUUAUGACAGUAACAACACAUAUGAUCAGAAUUCCAGGAAAACUCAGGAAGCUUACACCCAACCCCAAAAUGAUGGCACAAAGUGGAAAGCCAAAUAUUUCUUCUUAGAUUUAGUUGAAACUAAACAGUGACAUUGGUUUUCCAAAAGGCACACCUUAGCCUUCUUACUAUAUACCUUUGCCCAUGUAUUUGAGAAGAAAAAGGUGGGGCAAGAGAACAAGAUAGCACAGUGCCUUCUGUUUGCAGAGCUCUGCGAUUUAUACCCAUGAUAUUCCUCCCAUGAGCCCUGUGAGCACAGGCAGAGCAACUAUAUUAUCUCUAAACUCAGAGUAACUGGCACAGAGUCACACAGCUAGUAAGUGACCAGUCUAGGACUUACAAAACCCAGUUUUGUACAAAACUUCCGAUUCUCCUUAACAUUUCCCUGCCAGACCCCCAAAUAACAACCACUGUCCCACCCCAACCUCCAAAAAAUAAAAAUUAAGAGUGCUUUGUCAGAAAACUAUUUGCCGCUGCUGGGAAAUACUAUUUGACGUUUGUUGUGUGUGUUCAUACUAUAAUUUCUUAUGCAAGUCCAUGCGAAGAGGCCUGUAGAAUUCAUACCACUAAUGCAUUUCUAAUUAACAAACUUUUCACCCUCUGGUUGGGGAACUGAUGUAGAGAUGAAAAGCAGCCAAAAUACAGUGGGAUUUAGAAAGAACUAACAAGUCCACUAAACCACCUGUGGACCAUGAUGGCCCUUUUGGAGUUUGCUGGCAGGCACCACACAUUGCAGUGCUUCUAUUGCGUGGACACCAAUAGCACCAACAGAAAGGAGGUACUCACUGCACAAAGGGUUACACCAGAGAUCUCAUCUGUAAUUGUUCUUUCCAUUGAAAGGCAAUGCAAUGGAUCCACGUUUUCAGGGAGUUUAAGAGACCUUGCAGAUUCCUUCUACACAGCACAAUUCAGGAAUUUGCCAUCAGUUUGUUUCUGUUGCCACCAUCUUAGCGACAGCGUAGCUACCUGUUACCGCCAUGGCACAAAACCCUUCUGCCCAGACAACAUGUCGAUUUAAAAACAUACCAUUUGCCAGUAUCAUUUACCUGUUGAGAUUGUCCUGGAUGUUUAGUCCCCUAAAAGGAUCGUGCCAGUACAGCCAGGACAUGUCAGGUGCCAGGGGCAAACGGCUCCAUUGCACUCCAUCACAAAUGACGUCAAGGUUUCAGUGGUGUUUCUGUUGCUUAUAACUGCUGUUAAUGGUCAAGAUCAUCGCCUGCCAAAAUACUCCCUUGAGACUUUCCGGUUCAGAUUUUCCCAUUAGUGCUUGACAGGUAUAACCCUUCUGCAGGCCCUAAAAAAUAAAAUCGUCAACUAUUCUAGCCAGCCAUCAAGAAAGUCUGAGCGGCUUCCAGCAGAUUUGUACGGCUGUGCAUUCCUUCAUGUGUUUUGUUUUUAGCUGCAACAAAACAGCUUGCUCUUGUUCCCCUUCCCCACCUUCCAAAAUGCUGUUAAGAAACCAUUGGUAUUUAAGGACUGAUUGUUGUUUGACAUUUAAUUUCUAAUCAUGUAAUGUUAGGAUUUACCAUCACAGAGGAUAGGUCCAUUAGAAAUUGUAUGUGGUGGUGCCACUAUCUGCUUUAAACCAUUUUAAACACGAGCAAAAAUAUAAACGAGUUUUACUUUCCUAAUGGGGUAUCUGAACUAAUAUGAAAUAUUACUUUGUAGUAUCACAGACUUUGUAACUAAAUACCCAUUAUUUUUUUAUGGAAAAUUUUAUAGAAGAGGCUAUUUCUGUACAUGCAACUAAGCCCAUGUUUUCUGAAAGUGCUGCAAGGGGAGAGCAAACUUACGUCCUAUAGGAGCGUGCCUUGCACAGAGUUGGUGCUUGGUAACUGUCUGUUGACUAGUGCAAAAAUGGAAUGUGGUUUCUACAGUGAUUGAAAGUUGUGCUUACCAUGGAGAAAGGACUGCAUCAGAUUGUUCUGUGACCUGAAGAAAAAAAAUGUACUGUAGGAAAAUAAAUGAUUUUAAGCAA